AUGGCUGCACACGCAUUCCUCCUCUGCUCCCUCGCCUUGCUGUCCGCUCUCAGCCGGCCUGGGCUCUCCUUCUCUGAGGAAGAGUUUCAGCCUGGGCUCAUCUAUGAAGAAGUGCCUAAAAUUCUUGACAGAAGACGGGAGCUAGAUAAGGCUGGGGCCGUGGGCCUUCAGGAGAGAGGCAAGGACGGAGGGGAGAAGAGGGGGAGCAGCACGGAGGGAAGCAAAGAGAACCCCAAACAAGCAACAAGAGUCACAUCAAGUCAAGAUGGUGGGUACGGCUUGCAAAGUGAAGAGGUUAUUUUGACGCCUGAAGAUGAAAACCCACUCAGGAGAAUACUGCAGCCUUUUAACUGGCAUCAGCCAGGGAUGUCUCACAGUAAGAGGAAGCUGCUCCAGUCUCUGAUGGGGCCUUAUGGCCCACUGAGCGUGUCUUACAAUGGGAAGACCUGCAUUCUGUUCAAGGCAAAGCGCAUGGCAAUCCGCUACAGGAACCAUACCUUUAUUGACCUGACUGAGAAGGUCUUCAACACCAACUCACCCGUGGACACUAAAGGCUCCAUCUGCACCAAGGAGAAGGCUACGCUUUCAUUAAGGUUUGGUGAUGUGGAGGACCUGCGAGGUCUGGUAAUCAGGCUUCAAAUGUCAAACACUUUUUAUGAAGCAGCUGGUCAAAACUGGUUCACACUAGACAGUGUUCACAUCCACUACAACUGGACCCAGGAGGCCACGUUUAACGCCAGCGAGGUCUACGCCCCGGCCACUUCAUCCUACCAUUGCCAGCACGUCAGCAGCCUGCACAAAUACGACACCCUGCUAGUGCCCAGCUCUCACACUGACACAUCCGCUAACUGGCACAUCACUUUCACUGAUUUCCAGAUACAGGCCUUCAAUGUGCAGUCGGACAAGUUUGCGUCAGCCAGUGACUGUGCCACUUUCCUGACGCCCGCCAUCCUGAUGGGCUUGGUGACGUCUUUGAUUCUUCUCCUCGUCUUAGCCUAUGCCCUGCACAUGGUGGUACACCUCAAGCACAUCGACCGCUACGAGGAGCACAAAGCCACCGUCUACUUUCCCCGUAGUCCAGAAGCCGAGUUGCCAGACAAGAACAGCCUGUGA